UACGACAGUGUAGUGAGAGGAUAUAUCAUCAGCCAGGUGUAGACACAUGGUGUGCUGGUCCCUGGAGUCAGUAUCAGUCAGUGAUAAGGCCGCCCCUCCACUACUGUCUGGACGUGGACCUAGUAGUCCUAGUCCUACAGUACACAGUGUGACGGACAGUACGAGAGUGUAGUGAGAGGAUAUAUCAUCAGUCAGGUGUAGACACACGUUGUGCUGGUCCCUGGAGUCAGUAUCAGUCAGUGAUAAGGCCGCCCCUCCACUACUGUCUGGACGUGGACCUAGUAGUCGUAGUCCUACAGUACACAGUGUGACGGACAGUACGAGAGUGUAGUGAGAGGAUAUAUCAUCAGUCAGGUGUAGACACAUGGUGUGCUGGUCCCUGGAGUCAGUAUCAGUCAGUGAUAAGGCCGCCCCUCCACUACUGUCUGGACGUGGACCUAGUAGUCCUAGUCCUACAGUACACAGUGUGACGGACAGUACGAGAGUGUAGUGAGUGGAUAUAUCAUCAGUUAGCUGUAGAGACUUAUCAAGAUCGGCGUUUAUUCGCCGGAACUAUUUCUCAUAUCUACAUAAAAGAUGGCGGGCCGGUUCAACGUGGCCAAAGCCAUGCAGAAGGGUGGGAUAGACAACCCUGCUCUGGACAUGGGUUCAGGACUGACACUGCACCAAGAAGGAGAUGUGCAGUACGGCAGCCAGAGUGACUUGACCAACAGUUUCUGUCAUCUCACCAUGGAGGCGCUUCCCAGAGCCGACUACUACAAGAACAACAAGGACGCCAUGAAGAGACCUUCACUAGGAGAGCUGCACGGCGAACCGAGAACCAUUGAUAUUAACUUAGAGAACGGCGAGGGCAAGACGAUUCCUCCAGAGGACCCAGAGCACUCUGGGAUGAAGCUCGGGUGGAUUGUUGGUGUGUUGAUCCCCUGCCUCCUGAACAUCUGGGGAGUGAUGUUGUUCCUCCGACUCUCCUGGGUGGUCGGCCAGGCGGGGAUCCUGGAGUCCCUGCUGAUCAUCCUAGCCUCGGCCACGGUCUGUGUGUUGACCACCCUGUCCAUGUCGGCCAUCUGUACUAACGGCGAGGUCAAAGGAGGAGGUAUAUACUACAUCAUCUCGCGGUCGUUGGGACCGGAGUUCGGAGCGUCAGUCGGGGUCAUCUUCGCCUUCGCCAACGCCGUGGCAGCCUCCAUGAACACCAUAGGUUUCUGCGAUUCCCUGAACGAUCUGUUGCGCAACUACGACCUCAAGAUUGUCGACGGAGGUCUCACUGACGUGAGGAUUGUGGGUACAAUCGCUCUACUUAUCAUGAUCAUCAUAUGUGCUGUUGGAAUGGAGUGGGAAUCAAAGGCCCAGAACUUCUUGAUCGUCGUUAUUGUGGCGGCAAUCAUCGACUUUUUGGUGGGAACUCUCAUAGGUCCAAAUGACGACAUAUCAAGAGCCCGAGGAUUUACUGGGUUCAACACAACCGUGUUUAUGGAGAAUUGGGGCUCGAGCUACAGAUACUCAGAGAAUGUCAAUCAGAAUAUGUUCACAGUUUUUGCAAUCUUCUUCCCAUCUGUGACGGGUAUUCAGGCCGGAGCCAACAUAUCAGGAGAUCUCAAGGACCCCGCCGACGCCAUUCCUAAAGGCACGCUGCUUGCCCUACUCAUCUCUAUGAUCUCCUAUGCGUUGUUUGUGCUGUUUGCUGGAGGUGCUUCCCUGAGGGAUGCCACUGGUGAUCUUGCUCAAUAUUACGCGGGAAACUACACCAGCUGUGCGCCGGGAGAGUGCCAGUGGGGGCUGCACAACAACUACUCAAUGAUGCAGCUGAUGUCAGUCUGGGGGCUGCUCAUUUACGCGGGAUGUUUUGCCGCCACUUUAUCAACCGCCUUGACUAACCUACUCUCUGUACCAAGGCUAAUACAAGCUUUAGGUAUAGACCGUAUCUACCCUGGCCUCAUCUUCUUUUCCAAAGGCUAUGGAAAGCACGGCGAACCCUACCGUGGCUAUGUUCUGACCUUCAUAAUAUCUGCUGCAUUCGUUCUAAUUGCUGAGAUCAACGUGAUUGCUCCGUUGAUAUCCAACUUCUACUUGGCGUCCUAUGCUCUCAUCAACUUCUGCACCUUCCACGCUGCUCUGGUCAGGCCGCUGGGCUGGAGGCCUACCUUCAGGUACUACAACAAAUGGCUCAGUCUUGCUGCGUUUUUCCUCUGCAUUAUCAUCAUGUUUCUGCUGGAUUGGAUGAGUUCAAUCAUCACCUUCGUUGUAUUUUUUGUGCUCUACCUCGUCGUCAUUUACCGGAAUCCAAAUGUAAACUGGGGAUCGUCCACGCAAGCACAGACGUACAAGCGAGCGCUUAUGACGAUGCACAAACUGUUCAACCAGUCCGAACAUGUGAAAAACUACCAACCUCAGAUACUUCUACUGGUUGGUCAACCUCAAGCUCGUCCUCCGCUGGUAGACUUGGCCAACCUCAUUACCAGAAACAACUCUCUUCUGAUAUGCGCAGACAUCUACAAGCAAAGGCUGACCUACCGCCAGCGCAUGGCGCUGCAGAAGCAAGGCCAAGCAUGGCUGGGUAUCAGGAAGGUGAAGGGGUUCUUCACAGUGACAGACGGGUACAAGUUUGAGGUGGCUGCUAGAGGACUGAUGCAAUGCUCAGGCGUAGGCAGACUGAAGCCUAAUGUACUCAUGAUGGGAUACAAGAGUGAUUGGUUGUCAUGUCAUGUGGACGAUCUGCAGACCUACUUCAACAUCAUGCAUGACGCGUUUGAGAACCGGCUGGCGGUGACGAUCCUCCGCCUGCCAGAAGGGCUUGACUUCUCCAAGCCGAUGGAUCUGUCCCAGGUACCUGAGGAACUCUCAGCAUCCAUGGGUGACCUGAGUACAGGGACGACCUCCGGCAACGGUGUAGGGAUGGUGCAUAACGACUCCAACCUCUCCUAUAUCCUGCCUAGUGUGCUAUCUCAAACUUCACUCACUAUACCAGGUUCCAAACCAACAACAGAUCGGCCCAGUGCAAUGAACCCCUGGGAAAACAAUCCAUCGUCAGCUCUGAAACAGAAGAAAAAGAAAAUUGCCUCACAAAUUCUACAUCAAUACGAGGGAGGUCAGGAGAUAAGCAAGUCUGUUCUAGACAACAUGAUGACGUUCACCAAGAAACAGAAGGGAGGAGUGAUCGACGUAUGGUGGCUAUACGAUGAUGGGGGUCUUACAAUUCUACUGCCAUACAUCCUAAGUACGAGGUCAAUGUGGUCCAACUGCAAACUAAGAGUUUUCGCUCUCGCCAACAGAACACAUGAACUGAAAUCUGAAGAACAAGGGAUGGCAAAUCUCCUGGCAAAGUUCAGGAUCAACUACACAAGUUUGACAAUGAUCCACGAUAUUUCUGAGCCACCAAGGCAAGGGACAAUCACCUUCUUUGAAAAUCUCAUUUCUGGCUUCAGAGAGUCCAAUAAGAAUAAUACAGAGUGUGUGGUGACGGAUGACGAAUACAGAAGCCUUCGAGAGAAAACUUAUAGACAACUUAGACUUCGAGAACUUCUUCAACAGCACUCUCGAGACUCAACACUAGUUGUCAUGUCUCUGCCUAUGCCCAGGAAAGGGCUGGUGUCUGCUCCUCUGUACAUGGCUUGGCUGGAAGCGAUAACAAACAACAUGCCUCCCUUCCUUCUGGUCCGAGGGAACCAAACUUCUGUCCUUACGUUUUACUCAUAGUCUAGUAUUUAUGUAGUAUUGUUUUGUCUUUUUGUAAUUUAAGUAUUAAGUAGUCCUGAACAAGUAUUUAUCAGAUAAUUUAACAUAGUGUCUCCUUAAACAUCUUGAAUUUUGUUUAUCUUAUAUCUUACAACGAUGAAUGUUUAAAUCUGAUAAACAAACGAACAAACAGGGUAAAGUUCACUCCAAGUUUUUAAUUUUCAAUACAGGAUUUUUCAUUUAUUUCCAUUGAUAUUAUUAAUUUACUUUUCAAUAUUUACAAAUACUAUUUAUUAGCUUGAUAUUUAACUUGCAGGUUUUCCUGUUUCUGUUUUAUUAAUUUAAUUUAACGAUUUUAUGUAAAGAAGUUCAAUACAAAAACGAUUGUUUUGAGGUUGUUGCCUGGAUAAGGUUUUGUUAAGUUUUUAAAUUUGUAAACAAGAAUGUAAAUUUAUAAGAUCAUUGUGUUUAGUAUAAAAGGCCUGGCCUGUUUAAUAGUUAAGAUGUGUUUAAAUAACUAUUUUAUCCAUACAGCUAGCGAGAAUCAUAAUUAACAGUUAUUUACAUACCUUUAUUGUUGACAAGCUAAAAUUAAAAGGUUAUUAUCUUAAGAAACCAUCAUUUUCUCUCAAGAACCUUAACUUUGAAUUUGACUUAACUUUACAAAAUAAAACUAUAACAUAGUUAGUAGAUAAGUUUUUAGUUAAAACAAGUGAAUCUAUGGAUUAUAUCAAAGAUACGCAAUUAAUGUUCAAAGUUGAUAAGUAGGUAAAGUCGAAAUUCUAGUAAUUUUAUGUUGAACUUAACAAAUUUAAGUUUAAUAAAAAAAUACUUUUGAAAAAUUAGUUAUAGUGCAAAUAUAAUCAUCAUGGAACUAUUUGCUAUGGAUGAACAACAUAAUAAAUUAAAUUAUGACUUUGGCAGCUAAAAUCGAAUAAAAUAUGGCUGUGACCUUAUGUAGUAUAAAAUAGAUGUAUUCGUAGGCAAGAUUUUUAAAAAGAUGUGUUAUAUUAAAUUGAAUUUAUAUCAAAUA